UUUUGCCGUUUACAGCCAAACUCUGUCCUGCUGGAUUCACUGAGGUCACCGACAGCUUGUGCCUGUAUAUCUCUGACCCACAGACAGAGGCAUACAGUUAUUUUCUGUCCAUGAAGGCGUGUGCCUCGCUGUCUCGGCUGUCUCGCCUGAUGACAAUGAAGAACAAAUACGAAUACCAUAACAUGGUCAGGUUCUUGUCUACAGCGACUGAAUACUGGAUAGGCGAUGACACUACAAGCGGCAGUAGUUCUUUGAGCAACGGUGGCACCAAGCUAGGGACUGGUAGUUUUACCAUCUGGGACGCUGGAUUUCCGUCUGCUCGCUCCCUUACCAAUUGCGUUGACUUGAGUGGGAAAAGUGGGACUUUUCUGUGGCAAGACGCCCCUUGCUGGGAAAGAAAACCCUUCAUUUGUGAACUGAGACCCAAAGAUGCACUCGCGCCUAUUGUUGGUUAAAAUGGCAAAGCUGUCGUUUCAAUCGUAUUGCUCGUAUGGCUGUCAUUUUUGAAAGUGGACGUAAAUCACAUAUUGGAUGACAUACAAUAAAGAUAAAAACUGGAAGCACC